CCUGUCAUCGCGAGAUUACCGCAUUAGCUAGGUUAGCUAGCUACACGGUCAAAAGCGUGAUUGUCUGCCUGCUAUUUACAUUUUUUUCUCCUUGUUAAAGCACCAAACAAACUGCGCGUCACUGCUUGAUCGUCUCUUCGCGCCUGUAAGGAAGAAUAAUCGUCGGACUCUGGAUUUGCACGAAUCCCAAUGAUGAGUUAUGCCGAAAAGCCAGAGGACAUCACGAAAGAUGAGUGGAUGGACAAACUAAACAAUGUACACAUUCAGCGGGCGGACAUGAAUCGACUCAUUAUGAAUUACUUGGUGACAGAGGGAUUCAAGGAGGCUGCAGAGAAAUUCCGGAUGGAGUCUGGGAUUGAGCCGAGUGUGGACCUGGAUUCUCUGGAUGAGAGAAUAAAGAUCAGAGAGAUGAUCCUGAAGGGACAGAUACAGGAAGCGAUCGCACUCAUCAACAGCCUACACCCGGAGCUGCUCGACACCAAUCGAUACUUGUAUUUCCAUCUGCAGCAGCAACACUUGAUUGAGUUAAUCAGGCUAAGGGAGACUGAGUCAGCACUGGAGUUUGCCCAGACACAGUUGGCAGAACAGGGGGAGGAGAGUCGAGAGUGUCUGACGGAGAUGGAGAGAACGCUAGCCCUUCUGGCCUUUGACAAUCCAGAGGAGUCACCUUUUGGAGACCUGCUCAACAUGAUGCAGCGGCAAAAGGUGUGGAGCGAGGUGAACCAAGCUGUGCUGGACUAUGAAAACAGGGAGUCGACACCCAAGCUGGCAAAGCUCCUGAAGUUGCUCCUGUGGGCUCAGAAUGAGCUGGACCAGAAGAAGGUUAAAUAUCCCAAAAUGACUGACCUUAGCAAGGGCACCAUCGAGGACCCCAAGUGAAAAUAGCAAAGACGAGAGCAACCACUUUCUACAUCCCCUUAAUUUAAGAUCAGUCAGUGACUGUGUGAUAACCAGGUAACAUAUAUAUGUAUAAACAAAUGAUACAUUGUUUUUUUCAUGUUUAAUUAAUGAGAGGUAAGACUUAAUUCAUUGUGCAAACUGUAAAUUGCUGUAUUUGCAAAGUGACAGCAAUGAUUGAGUUUAAACAUUGGAUUCUGGAUUUAUAGACACUUCUUGGAGACAACAAAUUGAAAUACUUUAUAUUUUGUUCUUCUGAGACCUAAGCCAGUAGUACUAUUUAUUGUGACCAUUAUUCCCACCAAGCCAUUAUUGUGUCAGAAUGAAAGUGCUAUAAAUGAACACUGCUAAUACUGUGGAAUGUGUGGAGCCCAUAGCCAGGCUCCUCAGGAUGGAGGGGAAUAUAAAUGUAAUGGUUCAAAUUGUGGAUCAGAAAACACACAAUUCCUCUUUUUGACUUAGCAGUAGAAGAUAUGUUCAGACUCUGAUGGUAUCCUGCAGGAUUGUUUCAAAUCAGAAAUUAGUUUAAAAUCUAAACCUCUUACACAGGAAUUCAAAUGUGAUUAUUUUUGAUUAAAUGGAAAGAAAACACUUUAUUAAUGUAAUACUAUUUUUAGAUUGGAAAUUUUAUUUACUAUAGAGUUUGGGAAUUUGCAAUAGAAUCAACUACUUUGCUUUGUACAUACCUGAAAAUAGGAUUGUACAUUUACAGUAUGUCUUUACAUUCCCCUCUGUCUUUGAAAGAAAUGACGGUCUGCCUUGUGAUUUUAUCAGUUUACUUUGUGUGUGUGCUUGGAAAAGAGAGACGGGUACCAAUUUGACCUCUCUCCAGUCUUAAAACUAAACGACAGAGUCAUCCCUAAACUCCAUUCAGACUGGGACUUAUUCUUUUGCUCAUUGGUUUUAUUUCGGUAAUAUAUAACAAUGAUCAAAAGCUUUGGAAAUCUGAAUCUGAAUGGGCAUUAUGUAAAGCAUCACAGAGAUUGCUGUCCAAUUUUGCCAUAUGACUUUUUAAAUGCUGUUACUAAUUUAACUAUUGCUGCAUGUAAUUGUAUUGUAUUUUGUUUUAUAGGUAAAGGCACCUGUGCUUGUUUAUUAUUAUUAUUAUUAUUAUUAUAAUUAUUAUUUUUUAUGAUUUUGUUUAAACUUGCUGCUAGUUGUCCAUCUUUCAUUUCUUUUUAGGUUGUAUUGUCUUUGUAGAUAUUGGCUAUGAAUAUUGAGACGCAGAGAGCUCACAUCCCUUUUAUUAUUGAAAGUUUUUAAGAUCAAAUUUGCAAUUAUUGAAAUAAACAAAACUUUUGUGAACCAUA